CAGAAAUGGCGGCUCCGCUCGGUUCCCGCUGAGGACGGUGAAGCCGGCGAGGGGCCGUGCUGCCGCCGCGUGCAGCACUGCUCCUGCCGCCCGCCAUCAGUCUUCCCGCGCUGCCUUCCUGUCUCGGCCCUGCUUUUGCUGGUCCUGUUCCGGGCUCGCGAGCGUGCCGGCCGGCUAGUCUUCCCGGGCCCGGCUCGGCUCCGCCGGCCGUGACUUGCCUGCCCGGCGGGCAGGACCGCCUUCCUCGGCUCUCCCGGGAGCGGCAGGCGAGGCGUGGGCCCUGUCCCCUGGCUGGACCAUGGUGAACACCCGGAAGAGCUCUCUGCGCCUUCUCGGGUCCAAGUCUCCUGGGCCCGGGCCUGGUCCUGGGGCAGGAGCCGAGCCUGGGGCGACCGGAGGCAGCAGCCAUUUCAUCUCCUCUCGGACCCGCUCCUCCAAGACCCGCGCGGCCAGCUGCCCCGCCGCCAAGGCCGGGGGAAGCAGCGGCGGCGCCGCUCUGGACGAGGCCCGGAAAGCUGAAGUUGAUGGUAGUUUAAGUGAUAGCCACAUAUCCCCUCCAGCCAAACGCACUUUGAAGCAACCUGAUUCUGUUUGCAAAGACAAAUCAAAAUCACGAAGUACUGGUCAGCGAGAGGAAUGGAACAUAUCAACUGGUCAGGCCAGGUUAACUUCUCAACCUGGUGCUACAUUACCAAAUGGACAUAGUACCUUAUCCCUUCGCAGCCAUCCUCUUCGAGGAGAAAAGAAGGGAGAUGGAGAUCUUUCAUGUAUAAAUGGUGACAUGGAAGUCAGAAAAAGUUGUCGUUCAAGGAAAAACAGAUUUGAAAGUGUGAACCAGAGUUUAUUAUUUGAUCAAUUAGUAAAUAGUACUGCUGAAGCUGUGUUACAAGAAAUGGACAAUAUUAACAUUCGGCGGAAUCGUCGAUCAGGAGAAGUAGAGCGACUGCGAAUGUGGACAGAUACAGAAUUUGAAAACAUGGAUAUGUAUUCAAGAGUGAAAAGGCGACGAAAAUCUCUGAGAAGAAAUAGUUAUGGGAUACAGAAUCAUCAUGAAGUAUCUACUGAGGGUGAAGAAGAAGAAUCUCAAGAGGAGGAUGGAGAUAUAGAAGCUGAAGAGGCAGAAGGAGAAGAAAAUGAUAGACCAUAUAAUUUGAGACAAAGAAAAACAGUGGAUCGAUACCAAGCACCCCCAAUAGUACCAGCUCAUCAAAAAAAGAGGGAAAACACCUUGUUUGAUAUUCACAGAUCUCCUGCAAGAAGAAGCCAUAUCAGAAGGAAGAAGCAUGCCAUCCACAGCAGUGACACAACUUCUUCUGAUGAAGAGCGCUUUGAGAGAAGGAAGUCAAAGAGCAUGGCAAGAGCAAGAAACAGAUGUUUACCUAUGAACUUCAGAGCAGAAGAUUUAGCAAGUGGUAUUCUCCGAGAAAGGGUUAAAGUGGGUGCAAGCUUGGCUGAUGUUGACCCAAUGAACAUUGAUAAAUCCGUGCGGUUUGAUAGCAUUGGUGGAUUGAGCCAUCAUAUUCAUGCACUUAAGGAGAUGGUAGUAUUUCCUCUUUUAUAUCCAGAAAUUUUUGAAAAAUUUAAAAUUCAGCCUCCAAGGGGCUGUUUAUUUUAUGGCCCUCCUGGCACAGGUAAAACCUUGGUUGCCAGAGCAUUAGCUAAUGAAUGCAGUCAAGGAGACAAAAAGGUGGCCUUUUUUAUGCGAAAAGGAGCAGAUUGUUUGAGCAAGUGGGUUGGUGAGUCUGAAAGGCAACUUAGGCUUCUUUUUGAUCAGGCUUAUUUGAUGAGACCUUCCAUAAUAUUUUUUGAUGAAAUAGAUGGAUUAGCUCCAGUUCGCUCUAGUAGGCAAGAUCAAAUCCACAGCUCUAUAGUAUCAACUCUCCUUGCGCUUAUGGAUGGAUUAGAUAAUAGAGGUGAAAUUGUUGUCAUUGGUGCUACAAACAGACUUGAUUCUAUAGAUCCUGCCCUUAGGAGACCUGGUCGUUUUGACAGAGAAUUCCUUUUCAACCUUCCUGAUCAAAGGGCAAGAAAACAUAUCUUACAAAUCCAUACUAGGGACUGGAAUCCAAAAUUGUCAGAUGCUUUUUUAGGAGAACUGGCUGAAAAAUGUGUUGGCUACUGUGGAGCUGAUAUCAAGGCUCUGUGUACUGAAGCUGCCCUGAUUGCCCUUCGGAGGCGUUAUCCCCAGAUCUAUGCUAGCAGUCAUAAACUGCAGCUGGACGUCUCCUCAAUAGUGCUCAGUGCCCAAGAUUUUUACCAUGCAAUGCAGAAUAUUGUGCCUGCUUCUCAACGUGCUGUGAUGUCUUCAGGACAUGCACUUUCCCCCAUCAUAAGGCCACUGCUAGAAAGAAGCUUCAACAACAUCUUAGCUGUCCUGCAAAAAGUGUUUCCUCAUGCUGAAAUAAGCCAGAGUGACAAGAAAGAAGAUAUAGAAACCCUAAUUUUAGAUGACAGUGAAGAUGAGAAUGCUUUAUCAAUUUUUGAGACAAGUUGUCACUCAGGAUCACCAAAGAAACAGUCAUCAGCUGCUGCUAUACCUAAACCUUACCUUCAUUUUACAAUGUCACCAUAUCAUCAGCCCACCUCUUACAGGCCACGGUUGUUGCUCUCUGGUGAAAGAGGUUCAGGUCAGACUUCUCACCUCGCUCCAGCACUUUUGCAUACUCUGGAAAGAUUUUCUGUGCACCGUCUUGAUUUGCCAGCACUUUACUCAGUUAGUGCCAAGACACCUGAAGAAUCAUGUGCACAGAUAUUCCGAGAAGCUCGAAGAACAGUACCUAGUAUUGUUUACAUGCCUCACAUUGGUGAUUGGUGGGAAGCUGUCAGUGAAACUGUGAGAGCAACUUUUCUGACAUUGCUACAAGAUAUACCAUCAUUUUCUCCUAUAUUUUUAUUGUCUACCUCUGAAACUAUGUACAGUGAAUUACCUGAAGAGGUUAAAUGUAUCUUUAGAAUACAGUAUGAAGAGGUCUUAUAUAUUCAAAGGCCUAUUGAAGAAGACAGAAGAAAAUUUUUCCAAGAAUUGAUUCUCAAUCAGGCAGCAGUGGCACCACCACGAAGGAAACAUGCUGCUCUUUGUGCUAUGGAAGUGCUUCCUCUUGCACUACCUUCUCCUCCUCGUCAAUUAUCAGAAUCAGAAAAACAUCGAAUGGAGGAUCAGGAAGAAAACACUUUAAGGGAAUUGCGGUUGUUUCUCAGGGAUGUAACCAAGAGGCUGGCCACAGAUAAACGCUUUAACAUCUUCAGCAAACCGGUGGAUAUUGAAGAGGUUUCAGAUUACCUUGAAGUCAUCAAAGAACCUAUGGAUUUAUCAACAAUAAUAACUAAAAUUGAUAAACAUAAUUACUUAACUGCUAAAGAUUUCCUGCAAGAUAUUGACCUCAUCUGUAGCAAUGCUUUAGAAUACAAUCCAGAUAAGGACCCUGGAGAUAGAAUAAUUAGGCACAGAGCUUGUACCCUGAAAGACACUGCACAUGCCAUUAUUGCAGCUGAAUUGGAUCCAGAAUUUAAUAAACUCUGUGAAGAAAUAAAAGAAGCUAGAAUAAAAAGAGGCUUAUCAGUAACAGCAGAACAAAUAGUUCCUCAUGGUCCUGGAGCUCGGAAGACUGAAACUAGAGUUGAAGAAGCAUUUCGACACAAACAAAGAAAUCCAAUGGAUGUGUGGCACAAUUCUGCAAAUAAGUGUGCAUUUCGAGUUCGGAGAAAAUCAAGGCGACGAUCACAGUGGGGUAAAGGAAUUAUUAAGAAAAGGAAAGUCAAUAAUUUAAAAAAAGAUGAUGAGGAUACCAAAUUUGCAGACUAUGAGAACCAUACGGAAGACAGAAAAUUGUUGGAGAAUGGAGAGUUUGAGGUGAGCACUGACUGCCAUGAGGAAAAUGGAGAAGAGACUGGAGACUUAUCAAUGACCAAUGACGAAUCUUCAUGUGACAUCAUGGACUUGGAUCAGGGGCAGAGGCUGAACAGUGGAGCAGGUACAAAAGAGAACUUUGCAUCUACCGAAGAGGAAAGUUCAAAUGAAUCUCUGCUUGUCCACAGCAGCAGUUCCCUCAAUCAAGAGCAGACAUCUAGAAAAGAGCCUUUUCUUAAAGGCAACUGUGUAAAUGGUGAGGUCUCCACUGACAGUUUUGAAGGAAUUCCAGUUCUGGAGUGUCAGAAUGGCAAGGUUGAAGUAGUUCCUCUUUCUGGUAGUGGAGAGAAAGCUAAUUCUGAACAAAAGAUUCUCCUGGAGGAACAUUCAAAAGAAAAAUCAGAAACUUCAAAUGAACAUCAUGGAGGAGACCUUGAGAAACUAGCAGCACUGGAUUGUAGCAUUAAUGAGAAGCUAGAACCUGGGCCAGAGGUGGAAACCAAAGAUGGAGAACUGGAUAAAGAAGGUGCUUCAAAAGUAAAGAAAUACCGUAAAUUAAUUUUAGAGCAGACAAAAACAACAAACCUGGAACUGGUCCCAGAAGAGCCAUCUGAACCUGAGCCACCCCUAAUAGUUGACCACGAGAGACUGAAGAAUUUGCUUGAUUUGUUGGUAGAUAAAAGCAACAAUCUGGCAGUUGAUCAACUUGAGAGGUUAUAUUCUCUUCUUAGUCAGUGCAUCUACCGUCAUCGUAAAGAUUAUGACAAAUCACAGCUUGUAGAGGAGAUGGAAAGAACAGUUCAUAUGUUUGAGACAUUCCUAUGAACUUCUCUCUAAUCUGCUCCUAACAGAGCAGUCUUCUGAGCCAUUCACUUUCAAAUUGCACCAAUUAUGUGCAGAGCCUUGGUGUAAAGUGCUCGCUCAUUCAUUCUUUCUGUUCAAUUUGGUGCUAUUGUCUCAGGUACCUGAAACCAACCAGCCUACAAGAACCAAACAAAACUUCAGAAACAUGUUGUAUUUCCACAAAUAAAAAAUACAACCCCACAGCUUGGAGAUUUUGGUGCUACAGAAACUGCUUUCGUUAUGCUCCUCUUUUGUGCACUCUCUCUGGGAGAUUCUCUCUUAGGGAGCAGACCAGCAAACAGGAGGAAACUGGAUGGGGCAGUUCUAACUUUGUUGGAUUGUUGAAACAGUGGGCAACCUAUUUUUUUUUUUUUUACUUUUUUAUUUUUAUUUUUUUGUGUGUGUGUUUGUGUGUGUGUAUUCCUUCUUUUUGUCCCUUUGAUCCAAUUUCCCUCCUUUGGGUAAUGGACUGAAAACCUCUUUUAGAGUUGGCUAUGGUAUAUUCUGGUGGGAAACUGGGUAAAAUUAGGCUCUUUAGAACUGCCUUUGAUGUGCCUUUUUAUUCAUUUGAGAAAGAUGAGGCUAAAUGGAUGGGCUUCUUUGCAGCAAAUAAAUUAGAAUGUUUUCUUUGGUCACAACCUUGAAAAUAAAUUUUGAUAGUCAUUAAGAGACAGCCAGUAUUCUGGUAUUAAAUGCCUGUCUAUUCUCAAAACAAUCAAGAUACUCAGUAAGCCACAUAAUAUACUGAGGUGGCAAGGUUUCCUGUACUCAUUGUUUCUGUUUAAGAAACAUGUACUAAAACACAGUCCACAGAAAACCCAUGUACUUUUUCCAUAUUGUUGAUACUAACUAGAAAAGAAAUGGUGGCCAUUCUUCUGUCAGAGGCAGUUGAAUAGUUACUCAUGUUUGAGUUACCAGAGAAAAAUGGUUUUCAAGUGUAGUAGGUUGUUAUUGUUUUGUUUGGAGCCAGGACUUGCCACAUGGACAGAAAGAGAAGAAUUUGUCAGAAACUGUAAAAUUCAUUUUCUGUAUUUGCAAGUGAGCUCUGGUAUGUCCUUGAAUAACAGUAUUAACAUUUAAAUCCUUUCCCAUAAACUUACCUUCACAACUCUUCAUUUUGAUUGGAGCCCAUUUUGGAUCUUGUUUAGUGAUUUUUGUGAAUUGUAUUUACCUGAAAUUAAUUAUGGGUUACAAAUUUUACAAAAACUUUCUACAAAUUUGGAAACACUGUCGAGGCAGUAGCAAAGAGGCAAAGGGAGUGCAGUGACAUUUUUUAUCAGAUAAUUUUUAAACAAAAUAUAGAAAAUUUUGCAGACAAGCUGGCUUGCUAUCUUUAUUUAUUACAGCCGUUAACUGCAGGUGUGUCUUUCCAAUAUAUGCAACACAUGUAGUUUUAGUUUUAAUUAGGGCACAUGGUCUUGGACUGCUGCAGAGAUACUAAGCUACCUCAGCUUUUUGUGUUUUAGUUACCAACAGUGUUUACAGGGUCCUGUAAUCACUUUGUCACCGUUUACAUGCUGUAGCUAAGGUACUUGUCUCUUGUCUCUGGCUGCUUGUGGUGUGCACACAGCAUGCUCUGGCCAGGACACUGCAGUGAUCCUAAGUGUGGCUUUGUAUUGACCUUUACAUUUGCACCUUGUAAUUCUGCUUCUUUGUGUUAUUUCAUGUCACUUCUUUUCUUUCUGCCUAGUCUAGGAAAGUUUCAUACAAUUUAGUUAUCAUAUAAAUCAAAAUACUACCCAUGUAGACACACUGUAUUUUUAAGGUGGACAAGUGUAAUUAACGAUGAACUGUUUUAAAGGGGAGGUGAUUUGAAACCUCCAAUUUGAUUAUUCGGAGGAUUUUCAUGCUUUCUUUAGUAUUUAUUACCAUCAUACCAGUGCAAACUAUUUUACUGUCUAAUACAUUAGCAUUUUGUAUUUUGAUGGAAAUUGUUACAGAAUUUAAAGAUUUGAUGAAAAAAAGAUGUAGCAGAUUUUUUGUAGCAAGUUUCUGGUUAAAGGGUUUUUGCAAGUCUCAGGUUCUUGCUGCACUAUUUUCUUUUUUUACUAUUUAUUCCAGUUACUCGAAUUGAAGCAUUCUGUUCAAGUAACAGCAGCACUUAGGAAAGGAAGGAAACCGCACAUGUUCUUAGUAGGUUUCUAAAUUUGUACAAGUUAAUUAAGACUUUAGCCAUUGGUGAGUUUGACAAGGGAAAUUUAUUUAUGAAUGGACAGCAUUAAAAUGCUUCCAGAAGAUAAAAGUUUUUGUUUUUGUUUGUCCUUGAUGGAGAUGGAGAAAUCAGAGGCAACCUCCGUGUAGGAACUGCCACUUUGAACAGUUUAGGUCUUAACGAGAAAGCCAGUCUCAUGCCAAUGGGGGGAAAAGCUGAAAUUAUGCCAACUCUUCAGGUCCCUUUCCCCCUAAAAGAGAAACACAUUAUGCCAGUUUUGUUUAUUUUACAGAUACCUGGUGGUUCUACAGAUAAACGCAGCUUGUGUAAUUAUCCAAGUCGACUCGUUUUUGUUUACUUUUCUGUAAAGUUCCUAUUUUUGCUGUAUAGCAUUGGCAAAAAUAUGUACAAAUUGACCUCUGUUCUUCCUAUGUGAGCAUUAUAAAUGAUAAGCUCCUGUGUAAAACCUUGCUCUCAGAUCAGUAUGUGUCACAGCCCAGCCCAGCAAUAGUCACGCUCAGCUGUGGGGACCCUGGGAGCUUUUUGAAGAUGAUGGAACCACAUUAUGGUUGAAACUGAUGGCUGUGGAGUUAAUUGUGUUUUUGAGCUUGAAUCUUUCCUGUGAUUAAUUUUUUAAUGUCCCUUUAUGACUUGAUUUUUCUCUUAUGCCAAUGUAUUUGUAGGUUUACUGAAUUUUAUUUUUAGGAAGUGGGUUGGUAAUUUCUUCCCUUUUUUGAUUAAGUUGGUUCAGCUAUGGUGCUAUUCAGUAGGUCUCUUCAGUGUCAGGUCCCGUAGCUGAAUGCCAUUGUUACUAUAAUUAUUAUUUGUAAUCAUACUGUAAGCUUGAAUUUGGGCUUAAACCUGCAUCUUUUGUAUUUUGUACAUUUGGUUACAUAGACUUGGGAGUCCAAUUUGGUUUCAGUCAUGUAUGUCUACUUUGUAGAUAAAGUAGACUUCAUCAACUAUGGUCUGUUUUUGGGUUUGUAGUUUAAUUUAGAAUUGUGUUAAAUUGAUGUUUUGCAUUUGACUUCAUUUUACAUUAGUUUGGAAUAAAUUAUUUAAUUUUUAAA